UCGCAUGUAGUUAUAUACAUACGUCGUAGGCACCAUCAUACAUACAUACAUAUCCGCCUAUGAACUGGAAAUACUAAUCGAUCAAAAUCAAUUAGUCUCAGACAUUGAACGCCGUCAUCAGUAUAUCACCUUGAGCAGAGUUCUCAAUUCUCCCGGUUUUCGUUUUCUUAAUUCUAUCUUACCUUACCUUAUCUCUUUACUAGUAGUAAUCCGUAAUACACACACAUACAUACACCAUGGCCGACGAAACCGCUCUGAAGGACUUCCCCUCGCUCUUCUCGCUCAAGGGCAAAGUCGCCGUCGUGACCGGCGGCUCGAGAGGUCUGGGAUUGAAUGCAGCUUCGGCCUUCCUCCAAGCCGGCUGCGCCCAAGUCUUCAUAACCUCCCGCAAAGCCUCCGCCUGCGACUCCGCCGUCGCCCAGCUCAACAAGCUCCCCAACCUACAGCCCGGCGCUCGCGCCAUCUCCGUGCCGGCCGACAGCUCCACGCUCUCGGGCAUCGAGUCGCUCGUCGCCCAGGUGUCGCAGCACACAGACCACGUGGACAUCCUGAUGGCCAACGCCGGCGCGACGUGGGGCGCCCCCUUCGACACGCACCCGGACGCCGCGUUCCAGAAGGUCAUGGACCUGAACGUCAAGGGCGUGUUCCUGUGCAUCCAGAAGUUUGCCCCCCUGCUGCAGAAGCGCGCGACCCUCGAGGACCCGAGCCGCGUCAUCAUCACCGCCAGCACCGCGGGGCUGGGCACCGCGUCCCUGGGGCAGGCGGCGACGUUCGGGUACAGCGCGAGCAAGGCCGCCGUCAUCCACCUGGGCCGCAACCUCGCGGUCGACCUGGGCCCGCGCCACAUCCUCGUCAACUCCAUCUGCCCCGGCUUCUUCCCGACCAAGAUGGCCAACGGGCUGCUGGAGAUGACGGGCGGGCUCGAGAAGCACGCCGCGCGCAACCCGUCGCGGCGCCUGGGUCGGCCCGAGGACAUCGCGGGCGUGGUCGUGUAUCUGGCGAGUCGCGCGGGCGCGCAUGUCAAUGGUGCGGCGAUAGAGAUCGAUGGUGGUUCGUUGUGGAAUAACGGCGAGUUCACGCUCCCUCCCGACUCUAAGCUAUAAGUAAGACAAUGAGUCGAUUUCGGGGAAUGCCAAUGGAAGUUUAGUCAUGUAUGUACACUGCGAGAUUUUGUAGCCUAGUUUUUUUUUUUUUUUUUUUUUGGUAUGAAAAAAGUAUAUGCUUUAUAUGCUAUGUUCUCAUUUUGUGAUAUCCCUUUUGUUGAAAUG